GGAGGCAGGCCGGAGAGACCUCCCUCCCGCCCCUCCCGCCCGCCUCCCUCCCCUCGCCGCCGCCGCCGCCGCCGCCGCCGCCAGCAUCUGGGACCGGCCGAUUCUGCACCUCCGUCCGGCGCUGCCCUUUGAUUCGGAUUUCCCUCUUGCAUUCUCCAGCGGACGGCGGGACCCGGCUCGUGCAGAGGAGUGGGGCCGAUCGCUAUGGAGUAUUUCAUGGUGCCCACUCAGAAGGUGCCCUCUUUGCAACAUUUCAGGAAAACAGAGAAAGAAGUGAUAGGAGGGCUCUGUAGCCUUGCCAACAUUCCACUGACCCCUGAGACUCAGCGGGACCAGGAGCGGCGAAUUCGGAGGGAAAUCGCCAACAGCAACGAGCGCAGGCGCAUGCAAAGCAUCAAUGCGGGCUUCCAGUCCCUCAAGACCCUCAUCCCCCACACAGAUGGAGAGAAGCUCAGCAAGGCAGCCAUUCUCCAGCAGACAGCGGAAUACAUCUUCUCCCUGGAGCAGGAGAAGACCAGGCUCCUGCAGCAGAACACACAGCUCAAGCGCUUCAUCCAGGAGCUGAGUGGCUCGUCCCCUAAGCGGCGGCGGGCAGAAGACAAGGAUGAGGGCAUCGGCUCCCCGGACAUCUGGGAGGACGAGAAGGCGGAGGACCUGCGGCGGGAGAUGAUCGAGCUGCGGCAGCAGCUGGACAAGGAGCGCUCGGUGCGCAUGAUGCUGGAGGAGCAGGUGCGCUCACUGGAGGCCCACAUGUACCCGGAAAAGCUCAAGGUGAUCGCGCAGCAGGUGCAGUUGCAGCAGCAGCAGGAACAGGUGCGGCUGCUGCACCAAGAGAAGCUGGAGCGGGAACAGCAGCACCUGCGGACUCAGCUCCUGCCCACUCCAGCCCCCACCCACCACCCCACGGUGAUCGUGCCGGCACCGCCUCCCCCUCCCUCCCACCACAUCAACGUUGUCACUAUGGGCCCUUCCUCGGUCAUAAACUCUGUUUCCACAUCCCGGCAAAAUCUGGACACCAUCGUGCAGGCAAUCCAGCACAUUGAGGGCACCCAGGCAAAGCAGGAGCUGGAGGAGGAGCAGCGACGAGCGGUCAUCGUGAAGCCUGUCCGCAGCUGCCCUGAGGCCCACACCUCCGACACCGCCUCCGACUCAGAGGCCUCCGACAGCGACGCCAUGGACCAGAGCCGGGAGGAGCUGGCGGGGGACGGGGAGCUUCCCUGACCACCCCCCAGCCCUCCUGUCCCUUCUGGGGGCUGGAGGGGGCCGGGGCAGCCACAGGGAGAAACGUGGGUGAAUGAGAAAUUUUUACAAAAUUACGAUGUCAUUUGGGUCUCUUUUAUGACCUCUUUUCAAUACUGUAAAUCGACCUUUGAACGAAGCCACCCAACCCUAGUUCCCGGGGCUGGGAUGGCACAGAGCAGUGUGGGAGCAUGGGGACCCCAGGGCUGGGCCUCGGCCUGGGGGGCUGGGGAAGCUGACACUGAGGUGCCUGGCCUCUCUCUGCCAAACAAGCAUUUUUUCAUUUAAACAUGUUUUUAAGAACAGGGAAAAUCAAACAACCCCAAGGUAUUUCUUUCCUCCCCAGAGCCAGCCCUGCGACUCUAAGUCUUUAAUCCCCCUUCCCUGCUCUGUUUGGUUUUCUUCUUUCUCCUUUAAGCACU